AUGCAAGCUCCCAUAAUAGACGUAGAAGAUGAGCCCAGGAGGGCAUUCUCAUUCUCAUCCUGUCUCGGCCCAUUCUCCUGCGUCCCCGUCGAAAUAGAGGAUUACGGGCCCGCCUUCGCGGGCCAGAACACGUUCACGACGUGGCCGCUCUUCGGGCCGCUGCUCUUCGAGAACGAGAACAGCGAUGCGCGGGACCACUGCGCGAACGAGAGGACCUUCCUCGCCUCCCUCAGACUAAGCGUCACCAUGUCCAUCGUGGCCGUCGCAAUCGCAGUAUCCUUCCACCUGCGCUCGGCCCCGACCGCGCUAGAGCAGCACAUAGCGCAGCCGCUCGGCCUCGUCUUCUGGCUGCUCUCCGUGGCCUGCCUGGUCGCCGGUCUGGGGAACUACAUCAAGACCGUCAACAAGUACAGCCGGAAGGUGGCCAUUGUGCAGAGCGGAUGGCGGACGCAGUCUAUAAUGUCCUUUGUAGCCUUCUCGAUAUUCGGGACGUGCGUGGCCUUGCUAGUCGUCGACCGGAUACAAGGUUAG